GAAAAUCAACAUUUCUAGCUUCCUGGGUGGGCUGCGUGUACAGAAGGAGGAUCCGCACUCGGCUCUCACAAACACACUCAGCCACUCCCUGUGGCCCGCUGGCCCUCGUGCUCUGGGGCCAAGAUGGCCACUCCCCCUGUGCCCAGGGUCCCUAGCUGGGUGAGGUUCCAUCCCGUCCCCAGCUGGUCCUGCUCUGUGGGUUCCACACCGCGGGUUCCCACUGCACCAGGCACCGACCCGUGGACGCGGCUGCUGGCAAACAGCGGUGAAUUAUUAACUGGACGCUGCGGGGACACCUGAGCUGGCAGGGCAGGCCAGGCGCCAUGGAUACAGGAGUGGGGGCAGAAUCCAGCACUUGGGAGGCCGAGACAGGAGAAUCGCCCCGAGUUCAAAGGCAGCAUGGACACAGUGAGCUACACGGGACGUGUGGGCUGUCUCCGGGGAAGGGCUGCUGUCCACACUCUUGUGCAGGUCCCGACAUCAAGGCGGGCAGCAGCCCUGCGCAACCCCGGGAUCCGCAGAGCCCCGCGUGCACCAAGGACCCCAAGAGCCCGGAGCAUCCCGAGUCUCCCGCGCACCCAGAGGACCCUGCACACCCCGCGCUCCCGCAUAAAGCCACCGGCAAUGUCCCGCACAUCGGCUUCGCGACGGAACCCCCGCCCUACGCACCCCCUGACCCCAAGGCGGCGCCCGCGCUCUUCUCUCCCUUCCCACCCCCGGUGCUGCUGCCGCCCACACCUACUGCGCUCUUCCCUCCUGGCCCACUCUUCCCGCCAGCUGUGCCCGGCGCCUACACCUUCCCUGCGCACUGCAGCCCCGUGGCGCCCCCCGUGGAGCACAGGCUGCCGCCCAAGGACUACAUGACUGAGUCCCUGCUGGUGACGCUCUUCUGCUGCCUGCUCACCGGUCUCAUCGCUGUGGUCUACUCCCACGAGACCCGGGUGGCGCUGGGCAGGGGUGACCUGGCCCGGGCUGAGGAGACCUCGCACAAGGCCCGCUCGCUGGUGCUCUUCAGCCUGCUGUUUGGGGUCUUCGUGUCCACCAGCUGGGUCGUCUACAUGGUGGUGGCUCUCUACCUCCCCUGAGGCCAAGGGUCCCGGCCUGGCCACCCCUUCUGUGGACUCAGAUUCCCUUGGGGCCAGCUGUUGCCCUCAGAGGGUCCUCAGGCCAUGGCAUCUGUGGUGGCCCCCUCUGAGGGGCGUUUGCCUUGCCUUGACCUUGAGAGCCCGCAGCGGGACAGAGCCAUCUUCAGAGCCAUCUGGAAGGACCUGUUGCUUCAGCCCUGCCUGCUGCCGCACCUGUCCCGGAAGAGGGAGGCGCCACAUCUGUCCACAGCCCGGCCUGGGCGCUCUGAGAUGCUGUUGGCCCUGGACAGCUCUGGGCCUCUGCCUGCCGCUCACGCCGAGUGGCGAUGCCAGCAGAGCCAUGGACAGGCUGGGCCAGAAGGGGGCCGCGCCGGCCACCGGAGGAGGAGGAGGAGGAGGAGGACGUCUAAGGGUGGGUAUGUGCCACAAAGUAACUGUGGUUCUUCUCAUGGGACUCGGUUUUUGUUCUUUUCCAGCGCUGGGAUCUGAGCCCAAGGGCUCACACAUGCCGAAACUGUUAAAUAAGUAAAUCAGAAUGGAAAAAUCACCCAGCCCCUGUGCCUUGAGUGUUAAAGUAUUAAAGUCCCGGGGACCCAAUUAAAAUGUAGAUUCUAGGACUGGGGAUGUAGCU